GUGUGUUUUGACCAAGAUGGCGGCUUCACCUACGAUUUUUCUACGUUUCACUUUCAGCUGUUUCAUUUUAAAGUGAUGUAUUUUGUGCUCAAUUGAAAGAACAUAAAUCAAAUCUAGAUACAGCUACUGAUAUUUCUCCUUCACAAAAUGUCCGUUAUUCUUGAAACAACGCUGGGAGAUAUUGUCAUCGACCUGUUUACUAACGAGAGACCCCGAGGUAAGAAGCCCGGCCGGGGUAAGAAGACACUUUCAAGUGUUUUUGUUGUUGUAGUUGUUGUUGUUAGGUGAUCCUUUAACCCCUAAACGUGCUUUUUAAACUAAUUAAGGGAGUAUAUCUUUGUUUGGUUGUCCAAAUACCUAUCAGGUUUGAGCUUUAUUUGACGACGUCGGUAGCUAGGGGUUUACAGUACCGUUCAAAAGUAAGUUGACAGUCACUCGCGUCUCGAUCCUCGAGACGCGGGACUCGAUGUAAGUUUUUAUUUCAAAAGUUUGAUGUAAAAACCUUGAACAUUGUUUCCACAGCUUGCCUCAACUUCUUAAAACUAUGCAAAAUAAAGUAUUAUAACUACUGCUUGUUUCAUUCUGUACAGGUGAGUGAAUAUUAUUCUACAAACCUUAAUGUCUAUUCAAGCUUGCUUGUUGAUUUUCUGAUUACAUAUUUAUUUAUCCUGGCAGUCGAGAGACUAUACAGGAAAUUUUCCAAAAUUUACUUUAUCAACAAAUUGUUCAACUUUGUCUUUGACACUUUUCAGGCUUAGAGUUAACUGUGAAAUGGAACACAUUAUUUUUUGUUUCCUUAUGUUUGCUAUACAAAAUAUAAUGGUCCCUCAUGCUAUAAACUGUUCGUCUGUUUGUUUUUUUUUCUUGACACCUAUAGCAAAACUUUCUAGCUCAAACUGGAGAUCCUACCGGCCGAGGCACUGGAGGAGAGUCUGUUUUCAGGUACUGAAAACCUACAUAACACACAUUGAAAUAAGGGGCUAAAACACCUGCCGAGUGGGUUGGAAACUGCAUGCAGAGUCUUUCUCAAGUAUGCCAAAAGAAAGGCAUGGCUCUGCUGGCAGGGUGACCUGACCCCUUCUGCUGGGACGGAUCUAGGGAGGGGGGGAGGGGAGGGUGAGCUUGGGAACCUACUGGGCUUCUAUGUUUUAAUUACGAGUAGUCCCAUGCGCAAGGAACAGCUGGAAGAUGGGUUAAGCUUGCAUGACUGCUCUGGGCAGGUAAGCUCUAGCAACACAUUGCAGAAAGGGCAAGCAAAUAUUGAUUUAAUUUUCAUCCCACUCUGCCAGAAUUCAUGACUUACACCAUUUUUUUUCAUAGUUUUUUAUAACUUUGCAACCAUGGUAUGACUGGUUAAUUACAUUAUGGCAAGUUAUGUCUUCUAAAUUGCCUCCUCAAGUUACUUUACUGUUAAACAAUGAAUUGAACAUUUGGUUCAUUUAUUGUGCUAGGUUUCUUUAUGGAGAUCAAGCUAAAUACUUUGAUGCUGAGAUCAAGCCUCGGAUCAAACAUAAGAAGAAAGGAACUGUUUCCAUGGCAAACAAUGGAGACAACUUACAUGGUUCUCAAGUGAGAUAUGACCCAGCUUAGCACAUUUCUUACCAGCACAGAAAAUUUCCAGAAUUUAGGAAAAGUGAAAUGUCAUAUUUUUCUAUGCUUAUGCUAUAUGUACUUAUCCAUGGUUGAGACACUGAACUAUUCAUGAGCUAAACCAGAAACUUUGAAUUAACAUUGAAUUGAAUUUAUUAUGAAAAGUUUAGCAUCUGAGUUUAUAAUAUAAGUAAGAAUGGUUCUUUCAGUUACUUUGUGACAACUCCGAUUCACACACCAAGUUUACACUAAACGUACUUGUCAUGUGCUGAAACUAACAUAAGUUGUUAAGUUCAACUAAUUAGGUUCUGUGUUUGAGUCAAUGGAGUGACAUACUUUUGUUGAUUUUGUCUGCCUAAAUUCAAUAAAUUUUGGUGCAUGAAAAGUUUGACAUCUAAAACUAGUCUUUCUUCUCAAUAAAGAUAAUGUUCAGUGAUUCUUUUACCUGAACUAGAACUCUUGACCAAAAACGAUAAAGAUGAAGGUAGCGGUAAUUUGUUUAACACCUUUACAACCAAAGCUUGUUACAUGUAGCUCUCAUCUUCUGGUCAUCUGCACUUGUUGCUCAUCUAUUGCUUAUAUCAGUCAAGUAGCACACUUGCAAGCAUUAAUAUUUGAAAAUAUGUUUCAGUUUUUCAUUACCCUUGGUGAUGAUCUGGAUUACCUUGAUGGUGUUCACACUGUGUUUGCUGAAGUUGUUGAAGGAUUUGAAGUCCUGGAGAAACUGAGUGAUGCUAUAUGUGAUGAUGGGCACAGACCUUACCAAGAUAUCAGGUAGCAGCACUUUACACCAACUACCCAGCGAGCACACAGCUGGUGAUCAGAUCCUCUUUAAUAUUUAUUAUUGGAAUAAAAGAAGAAGAAUACAAAUAGCCCCACCUGACCUGCUUGUAUACUGUACCACAACUGUCACAACAUGAAAUAAACGUGCUGUAUACAUGUAUCCCUGGUGGGGGGGUGGGGGGGGGGGAUUACUCCCAUAUAGAAGAGACAAGGACGCUUGUCAUUGGAGAAUACAAUGUAAAGCUCAAAAUGAGACCAUUGUGGGGGUGGCUCUGCAGGCUUCAAUUAUUGACCUCUAAUGGAGGACAUGCUGGAACAGAAUGACAUACUUCCUUCUUGGGAAUCUAGUACACAUGAGAAACAAUGGGACAGGAUAUAUCCCUGUCAUACUCCUUUGUUAGUCAGUUCUCUUAUUCCAAUUUUUAUCGCACAUUUUUAUCUUGAAUGCAUGUUAGAGAUGAAAUGAUAAAAACUUGCUGCCUACAUGUAUCUUGUUGUUAAGCAGUUUAUAUAGCAGACCAUUAAGCCACACAGAAAAUUAAUGAAGCAAUAUAAUAAUUUUUCUUUGUUUGCAUUAACUACAUAGUUUACUUGUUAAUUAGUGUUCUUAAAUGGAAAAUGUGAUCAGUUGUUCUAAAAACUUUAAUGAAGACAAUUUGAGAUGAAUUUAUAAAAGUUAUUAUUUUUCUUGAACAAAAUUGCUUACCGGUAAUCCUUUAUUCAGUAAAAAAGAGAAUAGCUUCCUUAGACAGCUGGUUACGCGGCAUUCUGUAAAAAUGGAAUGUUCAUACACUCUUGUCACCUAAUUUGAAUAUAGGGCUUAUCAUGGUAAGCCACAGAACUAAGCAUCUGGAUGAUUUCCAGUUCUCAGUAUAUUCAAUUCUUUUGUUGAACAGGAUAAACCACACUGUGAUCUUGGAUGACCCAUAUGAUGAUCCCAAAGGUCUGGUGAUACCUGAUCGAUCACCAGAACCAACAAAGGAACAACUUGAUGUAAGAUGAUUAUCCACCAUUCUAACUGACUGUGCUAUAGCUAUUCCAUGUUCCAUUGGAAACUGACGUCUCACCAUGAUGAUCAAUGUUGGUUUUUUCAGAGUGGUCGUAUUGGUGCUGAUGAGGAAAUUGAUGAUACCAAAGGUAAAACAAUGGAAGAAAUAGAUGAAAUGAUUGAAGAAAGAGAGCUCAAAGCUGGAACACAGAUUCUUGAAAUGGUAAUUUAGAAAAUAGUUCAGUUACAGCAUUAAAACCUUGAUAUGGAGCUACAUUGUAUUUCACUUUAGUCAACACUUAAGGCCUAAUACUAACUGGGGCCUGUUUCUCAAAAGUCCCAAUAAGUUUCCAGGCCCGAAAAGCUGUUUUGUGUUUGUCUUGUUUGCAUUCAAGAUCAAGGCUCCAAUAAUUUUCAAAAUCAUAGAAUAAAAAUAUCAGUUAACGAAGCAAAAUUGACUGGUUUGUGAGCUAGGAACUGUGCUACUAUUCAACAGGUUUUGACUUUAAAAUUUACCUUCGGGCCUGAAACUUUUCCAGUCCUUUUAAGAAACAGGUCCCUGGUCUGCCUGCCUUGAGAGAGUUACUUGCAACUUCACACAAUUACAUAAAUUUAUAAAAUAAUCUACAUGUAGGUGGCUAAAAACCUUUUUUAUUUUGAAAUGAUCUUUCUCUAAGAUUGUACAGCCCAGAGCGUGACAGAUUUUCCCAGAUCACUAUCCUUCAUCUCACUGCUGUUCACUAAAUGUGAUAACUAAUAGCGGUUGCACACCAAUAAUAUAAAGCCAGCAGUGAACCUUAUCACUGUUUAUGGUGGUGGUGGCAACCAAGAUCAGUGCAGCCAUCAGGUGUGUUCAAGGGUAAAAAACACCUUGAGCAUGUAUUAACACUGCAACACUGCUGUCUCCAGUGCUCAGACAUGAGUGCCUCAUCAUGCAAGCGUUGUCUGAGGCAUUUUUGUAACACUACUAGCCGUUAACAACAUCAAUUUAAAAUCAAAACAUUUUAAUUAAACAAAAAAUAAUCAACAUUUACACUUAAUUCACACUUAAUUUCGCAAGUAUUAAAUUUCACAAAAAAUCAUAAGCCAUAAUAAUAUUAUUUCACAAAUAUUUAAUUUUGCGCUUUUUAAUGAAAGGUAGAAUUGGAGUGUAUUAAAUUUCAUGAUUUUUCUAUUCUUUACUUUGACCCCAGAGGACUAAAAAUUGAAUUCAUAAUUUUAUCAAAACAACAGCAAACAAAGACAAUUCCAAACAAAUCAACAAACAAGCUAAAUAUAACAAUGCAUAAGCUGUUCAAAAGUCUAAAUGGGUACAGCAAAUAGUUAUAUGUAGUAAAUAUUUACACUCUGAUAACUUCGUUCUUAUAAUGUUUAUAAUGUUAGACAUAAUAUGGAGGUCCUUAUUCUGUCCAUAUACCUCUACAUCACUUAUACUUCUAUAUCUGGUAUUAAAUUUCAUGAUUUUAAUCUUCGCUAGUAUUAAGUUUCCUGACUUUUCCCAAAUCACGAAAAUCUCUAAAUUUAAUACUCACGAAAUUGAGCAAGAAUAAGGUAACUUCACCUUUGGCAGCCAGAAAUUAUGAUUAUAAUUAACAGGAAAAAAAGGGAAUAGGGAGAGAGAGCCAAUUCUCUUGCCCUCAUACAAAGGCCAUUCUGGUUUGAUGAGUCUCACAGAAACCAAGUGUUGAGAAUUGAGACGGAACAAUUGAGAAUCGAGUCUUGAUUCUCUACUCAGUUCUCAAUUGAGCGGUACUGUAUCUUCCCCUCUUGUCCCCUUUUUUACGCCAGCCACUUUAUUUUUCCAUAGUCAUUAAGGAGACAAAACUUUUGUCUUGUGAACUAACUCACAUAAUGUUAAGAGUAAGUUCAUUCUUGUAAAAUAAUUUUCAUUGACUUUCUUCAUGGCUUCAGGUUGGUGAUAUUCCAGAUGCUGACAUUAAACCCCCUGACAAUGUCCUGUUUGUCUGUAAACUUAACCCUGUCACUCAAGAUGAAGAUUUAGAGAUAAUAUUUGGCAGAUUUGGACCCAUUAAAAGGUAAAACAUCUCUUUUCUGUUUUUGUAUCAUACACUACCAUUAUAGGCCCUUUGCAGUCGGGGUCACAUGACCUUUCUCAUGCCAAAAUUAUGGGAUACAACCCUAAAAAUACCAGAGAUUGAAAAGCAUAAAACAAAAGUGAGUCUGCCAAUACUUUUAAAGAAUUAACUCUUAACAGUGCGAAUUUAUGAUGGCUUCAGUCAACAGUGCCCCAGGAGACUAUACUGUAUAACAUGUAUCAAUGGAAAAGGUGCUUAACAACACGCCUUGUGGUUCAGCAAUUUGUUUUUGCCAUUAAGACCCUUAUUAGCCAAAAUUGGCUUUUUUUUAGUUGAUUUUCUCAUGUUCUUUUCUUCUCUGGUAUUUGUUGUAUUUUUUGUAGCUGUGAAGUUAUAAGAGACCAGAAGUCUGGGGAGUCACUGCAGUAUGCUUUCAUCGAGUUUGAGAAUGUAAGUUCUGUUUCCUUUUGCUUCUUCCCUCUAUUUUCCUCCAUUUCACAAAUGGUGGUAAUUUAUAGCUAGGAGAUUGCCCUGAUCAAGGACAGGCGUAGGCUCACCCUUGUCUCUGGUUGGGGAGUACUGCGGGCGCAUCAAGACACCCACGGCUUUAGGAGAUUGAGCCUCGAACAGGCGUGGAGAAAUCAGUUUACUCUUGGUGGCGGUUGAUUAAGCUAAUGAAGUCAGUUUGUGGAACAAAAUUUGUAUGUUCCAGUUUGUUGCAAGUUUCCCUAGAAGAUUGCUUCCCCUCUUUUUUGGAGAAGAGUUGUCCCUGGAAAGAGGAUCACCCUCCCAGUCAAUUCAACUUUAACGAGCGUUUAUAUGAGAAACCAUUUGUCCUCUUUGCCCGAUCCAAGAGCCAUCGACAGUGCCUGCCCAGGCUCUGAUUGUCUUGCCUUAACUGAGUUGACCCGGCUAGGAGAGUUGAGGUGUUUUAUGGAGAAAAGUGUGACCCGACUAGGUAGAUCACACUACUAGCCGAGCCAACUAGUUAAUUCUCGUGUAAAUGGUUCGUCAAGUUUUAUAAGGAAAUGUAUCAAAAAUUGGCUCGGUAGUUCGGGUAGGCGGGCGACUCUUCCACCCAGGACGAGUUUUCUCAAUACAAGGGUUGCCUUACUAGCAAAGCAAAACCGAAUGAUCAUAAUAAUUCUUACUUAGUUCUAAUAUAAUUAUGACUGACAGUUGCGUGAAUAUUCAAUUCCGCCUCUAUUCAGAGAAAAACGUUGUUACCAACAAUUUGAGAUCGACAAAAAGCAACUUUCUUGGCUUUUUGCUGUCCUUUUCUUAGGUUGAAGACUGUGAACGUGCUUACUUCAAAAUGGACAAUGUGCUGAUCGACGACCGGCGAAUUCAUGUUGAUUUUUCCCAGUCUGUUGCAAAAGUCAAGUUUCAGAAGCAGGGUAAUACAAUGUACAUUGGGCAAAGUAGGAAAAAAAUUCUUGGUUGAUGGUUAAUUAAACCUUUUCAAUUUGUUUCACAAAAUACAGAAUGAACCGUUCUAAUCACUUUUUUUUUUUUUAAUUUUUCCUUUCAACAUUUCUUGGAAUCCGGACGUUUCGUACCCAUGGACGUUUCGUACCCAGACGAUUCGUACCCAAAGUUGAGAUGAUUCGUACCCAACGCUAAGAUGAUUCGUACCCAAAGCUUAGUUGAUUCGUACCCAACUGCCGUUUUGAUAGUAAAACAUUUUUAAUCAUAUCUAUCACAAAACAAUCUAAAAUAAACAUUUAUAUAAAUCAGAACGACUCGUUACCUACGCGCGAGUUAGAUCAAAUUAUAACCACCGCUCACUUUUAUUUGCAUAGACUCGUGACGCGUGAGCGGCGCAGAUACUAAAGGAGGUGAGACUCUUCAUUAACAUACAACUCAAAAGGAAAUGGUACUUACACGAAAUUAGCUUGUUCCCACUUUUCACGGCUGGGUCCAAUUUACAUGUCGAUGUUUGAACUUGUCGAAUCAUAAACUUUUGUUAGUUCAUGCGCUUUCACACGAUCCAUUUUGCUAACUCGUUCGCUCUCACGCGAGUUAGGUGAAAUUAACCACCGCUCACUUUCUUUGUGUAGACUCGUGACGCGUGAGCGGCGCCGAUGCAAAUUUCCCUUUCGUAAACGGUCGUUGCCAUUUGAAGCGGUCGAUGCCAUUUCUCAGAACGGUCGUUGCCAUUUGAAACGGUCGAUGCCAUUUCUCAGAACGGUCGAUGCCAUCGUAAAGGUCGAUGCCAAGAAGGAACCGAUAUUUCCGACUCUCUCCGACGACAUGCGUGACAAUCAGAGCAAUGCGUGACUAGCUUUCCUACAAACCAUCGCGAUUUUUAUCAAAUCAAAAUGGCGGACAAACCCGACAAUUUUCUCAAAGAUCUAAUAUCUUCAGCUAUAAAAGAAGUCGAAUCGAAAAGUAAAUCUUUUGAAUCGACCGAAAUUACAAAGGAGAGUUUUCUGGCUUCGCUUCCAGAUGAUUCAUUUUACUACCUGAAGGCAAUUUCAGGAAAUGGAGAAAAGUUCAAAGUGCACUUUUUGACCGAAGAUAUAACGAAAGAAAACCUGGAGCAGUGGAUAUCCGAAUAUGAAGUGAUAAACAGCAUCUCAGUGAAGUUAAAGACAAAGAAGGCACCAACAAGCGGCUAUGUGUUGCAAAACUACUAUAGAUGCCAACACAACACUCGCAACUGGAGUCCAAGUAAAGAUCCACAGCAGAAAUUGUACUUGAACCCAUCUGCCAGAGUAAAGAACACCAAUUGCCCCUUUCAGAUGAUAGUCAAANGGUUAUUGCAUGGGUAUGAAUCAUCUAAGCUUUGGGUACGAAUCAUCUUAGCGUUGGGUACGAAUCAUCUCAACUUUGGGUACGAAUCGUCUGGGUACGAAACGUCCGUGGGUACGAAACGUCCGGUAAGCCAUUUCUUAACAUUAGCACUAAUUUUCUACGACAUAUUCUUUCCUAUAUUAUGUAAAUGAAAAAGAAUUUAGUUUUAGUUGAAGUUUUUUUGUAGCUUAAGAAUUGUCGAGUGUUUGAAAAGGUAAAAUCAAUUUUAUCUCGUCGCCUAUGCAAAGACGAAGCAUUUAAGAAUAACGUAACGUAUUUGAGUGUCAAUGUAUUUCGCACGAAAGUACUUAUUGAGGACACUACUUUUAUGUCUCCAACUAGAGACGGGACUACAUGUACUGACCUGUACUCGAGCCACACGAAGAUCUAGCUAUUUUCAGUACAAAUUACUUUGAUUUCUCGCUGAUGCUUAGCAAUCAAACUAUUUUCGUCUAGUUGGUUUGUUAUUUUUGUUGAACAUAAUUAUUUCAAGCUUAUAUUGAUCACUCUCGGGGCUGUUUCGUUGAUGAAACAUAUUUUUUUGACACAGGGGCAAAACCAGUCUUCCCAGGCAAGGAUGAUAAAGACAAACCUAAAUUUGCUUUAAAACAAAGCAAAGAAAGCAGCAAGUAUCCUUUAUAAGCUUGCUUUCUGAAAGCAAUUGAGUUAUUGUCUGUCUAGGCCCCUCUUGUGUCAGUUAUUUGUUUUUGUUUGUUGUUACGUUAGCACACAUUAGAGAUGAGGAGCUGCAAUUCGAUGGUUUCACCUUGAGCACAACUACAAUCAAUCUUCAUGUUUUUGGCGAUUAGGAGUUUUCACACCUAAAGGGUAACCACAGGGUCCAGAGGAGAUAUGUUUGUCGUCAGAACAUCAAAACCCGUCGAAAACCUCUGAAAAAAUGGGUUAUUUUGAUCGCGUUACAGUUUCAUUACACAUUCUAUAGACCGCAAACCAAGAGACUGAGGGCUCGCAAGAUCGGCUUACAGUAUAGAUCGUUUUCACUGUCACGCAACAAAAAAAUAAAUUGGAAACCGUCCAGUGGAAGAAGCCAAGAAAAUGAAAUGUUGUAAAAGACUAAUAUAUAAACAAUUUGUCCAAGUCUCAGGUCUUUGUGGCCCACAGUUUCUAAGUUAUAUGCCUAAACGUUUCACGCACCUUUGUAGAGCUUUGUAUGGAGACGCCAUAUUGGUGCACCGUUUUGGUGCACCAAUAUGGCCGUCGGAAAUCAACAAAAACAUCUGGAGUUCACGUUUUCUAUAAAAGCUCUUUCUUUUCACUCGAGAACUAGCAUGCGUGCGCAUAAACAUAUCUUCUAACACUUGAAGUGGCUAUACUGCUGAAAAUCAAGAGGAGAGACUUUUUUUCAACGAGACAGCAUUCCUAUUUUGGCGUCACGCACCGUGAAAACUCGGAAGUUCAAAUUGCUGUAUUUUCGAAACGAAACAUGCUACGGAAAUGGAAACUUGUACAAAGAUUAACUUUUUGAUUAUCUUCAACCUAGUGUAAUGAAGAAUUCGAAAAACCUCGCUAUUUUGACUUUACAAUUUGACGACGUCACAGUGAAAACCAUCUAUAAAAUACGGAAAGGGAGGAAACAAAUUUGGGGCCGAUUUUCGAAUCCCUUUCUUUUACUCGGCUCUUCGUGCCUCGGUAGCCCUUCCGGCGACGACCUUCGGUCACCCUUCGGGCGACGUGCCGUGCGCCAGCGAGGAUAUGGCUUGCGGUUAUUGAUUUUCAAAAGUCGAUCUGGGUCAGAUAAGAAGCAAAGAAAUUGUUUACAGUAGAUUUAUAAAGAUCCCAUUGGGCUAAUUAAUCGUAUUAAGCGACAGGUAUAGACAUUUUUCAAAGUGAGACUUUAAAUAAGUAAUUCAUUUAUUCACACGAAACUCCUCUGGACCCUGUAACUACCGACAAAGACAUUUUGCGUCAGUUAAAUUUUAGUUUGGGGAGGAGUAGGUUGGCAGUUUUCCAAAAUCUUACCCUGAUACAGCCCAAUCUGCACAAGGAACAAAAACGUGAUACUCGUUUUUUCCGCCAAUGUGGGAUGAUGCGCAAGCAUUGUUAUCGCCAAAAUUUGAUUCUUCUGCGCAUGCGUUUGUCACGUUGUGCUCAUACUUCUAAUAAGUGGGUAUUCCCUUGUAUGAAUGCUUGUAUCGUUGUUGUGGAUCAGGUUUUCAGUGACAUUCGAUUUUGUCCAAAUUUUUUGGUCAGUGAACCAAAUUAUGUUUUGUGACCGUAUUAUCAGUUCUUUCACAUCCAUUCUCCUUCCCAGUGCUGCGAUCCUUUUGGUCAGCAUCGGCGAAGGUCACAGUUCUGGAAUCGAGAAUGUUUCACAUGGUACUAUUUGUAUUGCAGUACGCCAAAUGAAACUCGGAGAUUUUCUCUAAUUUCUAUUUCAGCAGUCCUAGGUAUGAAUGCGUUAAUUUCUUGACUCCUGCCAAGUUACGAUUUAGUAUUUGAUGAUGAUGGAUACGAUGGAGGAAAAGCUGCAGAGAAAAGAAAGAAACGUAAAGAACAGGACUACAGUGAUGAUGAAUACGGGAAUUCAAGGAGCGAGGUAAAGCGCGGUGGAUCAAGGGGACGGGAAAAUAGAGGGGAGGAGAAGGGGAGGAGAAGAGAAAAAAGAACAAGUUUUAGCAGCAGUGAUGAGGAAGGAAGAGAAAAAAGGAAAAUAGAGAAACGGGAAAGGCGAAGAAGUCCAGGAAACAGUGACGAGAACAGAAGGGAAAAAAGAAAGAAUGAAAAUCGGGAGAGACAUAGAAGUAAUAGUAGCAGCGAUGGCGAAAGAAGGGAGAAACGAAAAAGAGAAAAUCGUGAGAGACGUAGAGAAGCAAGUAGCAGUGAAGGCGAUGGAAGAAUAGAAAGAAAAAAGAACUCACAGGCAGGAGAUUACUCUAGAAGUCACAAGGUACGUUUUUAAACAAGCUUUUUUAACGUAAAGGAGCGGGCAGUAGUUCUUCACGCUAUUUUACAUAUCCGGUUUUGCUAGAAGCGGAGGUAUAGAAAGUGGUGAGGAAAAAGGUUACGCAACAGAGAAGACACUCAAGAUAUUUCUUUGAACCCUUUUCAGCAUCGGCCAUAUUUUUUUUCCACGAAUUUAAUAGAUUUCUUUGUUCUUCUUUUUUAUGAUUACUGGAGUACAGACUAUUCAUCGCCAAAUAAGAAGCUCGUGUCUUCUAAGAGGUCUUUUUUUCCUUUUUGAAAUCUGAGGGGCCUUUUUUGUUUGACGCUGCCUUUUUCAUUUACAAUAUGACACUGUUUUCAAAACUAUUUCAGGACAAUCGAGGAAAGUAUCCAUCAGAGUCUGCAACCAAAGAUAGGAGAGAGAGGUAACUUGGGCAGCCAUUUUUAAUGAGCAGCCAAUGAAUGAUUGAAUUUUUCUCUCUCAUUCUCAGUUAUGAAGUUACCACCAGAACAUUGUAGUCAUCUCAUUGUAUAAGAGGCCAUUCGCCAUUUUAGAAACUAAACGGAAACUGGGACAAGUUAACUUUUGCAAAGACUUCUGGGACUGUUACUAGGGACAGAGAAAAAAAAUUGGCCAAUGGCACGUCCCCAGUAACGAUCCCAGAGGUCUUUGCGUGUCUAACUUGGCCCAGGUUCUUUCCCAAUUCUAAAGUAGCGAAUGGGUAAAACCGUCUAUUAACUUGAUUUAGCAGUUCUAGCACCAGCACUGGGUAUGUUCCUGUCCCUGUAGGUAAACAUAAAAAACUGCCGUACUGAAAUUAUUGUGAUUAUUAUUAUUGUUAUCAUUAUUAUUAUUAUUAUUAUUAUUAUUAUUAUUAUUAUUAUUAUUAUAUUGUUGUCAUCAUCAUUAUCAUCAUCGUCAUCUUCAUCAUCAUCAUCAUCAUCAUUAGUGUUAGUAAAUAGUAUCACCUUAAAGUUAUACUGACGCAUCUGAUCCACAACGGAAAGCACUCUGUGUACCUUUGUCAUUAGAGAGAAAAUGCUGCAAUAGUUUUGAAAGUAAAAAAUUAUUAAUUUAUUGUCAUUGUAAUAGGGAGUACUCGCCAAGGAGGAAAGACAAACAUUCACCGCACGACCACGCGAAACAUUCUGGAGGCCACAAAAGGAAGCAGUCUUCACAUGAUCAUAAGCGUCAUUCAAGCCAUCGAUAUUAGGUGGUACGUCAAAAGCCUACAAAUAACAAUUUUGAAAGAUCAGAACGCAGUGGUUUCGCUUGUAAAGCGACAAUUUUUAGCGUGUUUAAAACUGACUUACAGCACAGCCGUUGGCUGUCAAACAACCCUUAGCCCGUGAGUAACAGGAAGGAAACGUCAGCGAAAACAUUUUUAAAAUUCAUCAGAUGUAUGAAGCCAAGCGAGGAAACAAGGUCAACCAGUGGCGAAGCUAUGUUUUAACACACUUCUAAUGGAUCAUGGAAAAGCAGUAAUCACACCUACAUUUCCAUCUACAAGGGACAUGCGCAAGUUUCAACACACAACUCAGCGGUUUUAAGUGGAUUCCGCGUUAUGGCCAGUGGUGCAGACAUGCGCACAGCCAUAUCACGUCGUUUGUGGCAGCCGACGUGGACAGCUGUUUCUUAAAAGUCAACCAAUCUUUAUGGAAAAGCUCGUACAGGCCAUUGAGGGUCAUGA